AUGGCGUCUCAGGAAAAGAUCAAGCAAUGGAAGGCCACUAAAGUUAUAGGUAUAAUUGGUCUAGGAGAUAUGGGCUUAUUAUAUGCCAAUAAGUUUUCAGACGCUGGAUGGAAAGUUAUAUGUUGUGAUAGGGAAGAAUUUUAUGAUGAAUUGAAAGAAAAGCAUGCUUCUGCCAAAUUUGAACUUGUGAAAAAUGGACAUUUAGUAUCUAGAAAGAGUGACUACAUCAUUUAUAGUGUUGAAGCAUCUAAUAUUAGUAAGAUUGUCGCGAUGUAUGGCCCAUCUUCGAAAGUUGGAACAAUUGUAGGGGGACAAACAAGCUGUAAACUGCCUGAGAUCGAGGCAUUUGAACAGUAUUUACCAAAAGAUUGUGAUAUUAUUACUGUACAUUCUCUUCACGGACCUAAAGUCAAUACUGAAGGUCAACCAUUAGUUGUUAUCAAUCACAGAUCACAGUAUCCUGAGUCUUUUGAGUUCGUUAACUCUGUGAUGUCAUGUUUGAAGAGUAAGCAAGUUUAUUUAACAUAUGAAGAGCAUGACAAGAUUACAGCAGACACACAAGCUGUGACACAUGCCGCUUUUUUGAGUAUGGGAUCUGCCUGGGCAAAGAUAAAGCUUUAUCCUUGGACUCUUGGUAUAAACAAAUGGUACGGGGGUCUAGAAAACGUAAAAGUUAAUAUCUCUCUAAGAAUAUAUUCCAAUAAAUGGCACGUUUACGCAGGAUUGGCCAUAACAAAUCCAAGUGCGCAUCAACAAAUUCUUCAAUAUGCCACAAGUGCAACAGAACUAUUUAGUUUAAUGAUAGAUAACAGAGAACAAGAACUUACCGAUAGAUUAUUGAAAGCUAAGCAAUUUGUAUUCGGAAAACAUACCGGUCUCUUAUUGCUGGAUGAUACAAUUUUGGAGAAAUAUUCGCUAUCCAAAAACAAUAUCGGUGACAACACCAAUUCCAAGCCAUUGCCAAAUUCGCAUUUAUCAUUGUUAGCGAUUGUUGAUUCGUGGUUUCAACUUGGCAUUGAUCCAUAUGAUCAUAUGAUUUGCUCCACGCCGCUGUUCAGAAUUUUCCUGGGUGUAUCAGAGUAUCUUUUUUUAAAGCCUGGCCUAUUAAAGCAGACAAUAGAUGCAGCCAUUCAUGACAAAUCAUUCAUAAAAGACGAUUUAGAAUUUGUUAUCUCAGCUAGGGAAUGGAGUUCAGUUGUGUCAUUUGCUAAUUUUGAAAUAUACAAAAAGCAAUUUCAGAGUGUUCAAAAAUUUUUCGAACCAAUGCUUCCAGAGGCCAACCGCAUUGGUAAUGAGAUGAUUAAGACCAUUUUGAGCCAUUCUAAAGAACGUUUACCUGUGGAAAAGUAG